AUAAUGGCUACAAAACAAAAAAUGGCUGAAAAACAAGGAAGUAUAUGCAAAGGGAGUAUCAACACGUUAUCAUCACUUGCAAUUCAAAAUCGUAAUAAAAGCGCAGCUUUGAUGAAAGAAGUAACUUCACUAGUAGUAUCAUCAAUACUGUAUUAUAGAAAAAUAAUACCGCCCGAAAUGUUUGUUGAUAAGAAAUUGGGCGUGCAAAAAGUAAAAAUUCUUAAAACUAAUAAUAAUCAUAAUAUGGCUGAUAAUUUUUGUGCUAUGAUAUUCUCAGUCCAUGAAGCAAUUGAAUUAGGAUAUUUGAAAAAACUUAUAAUCACCUUCAUGGAAAAUGAAAAACCUGUAGAAAUUCAUCGGUUAUAUUUUGAACACACUGGCGAAUCUUAUAAAACCAUAAUGAUUGACCAAGUUUAUUCCACAUCCAAAAUUCAUGUUAAACAUCAAAUAAAUAGAUUAAAAGAAUCAAUAUAUGAAACCAUUUCACGUUUUAUCCAAACUCUGUUAAGUGUUCCAUAUGUAAUAGAGAGACCCCAUGUUGGAGUCGAAUUAAAUUAUUUUGAAGAGAUAACACCAAAAGAUUACCUCCCUCCACAUUUUGAAGCAUUUGAUGAAUCCAAGAAAAAACAUCGCUUAGCUACACAACCAAUAAAUUUUGGCGAGAUUGCAACCCCGUUUCAUGGUUUGAUAUUAAAAUCACAAUUUCGAUCUGGCCUACAUGAAGGAGUAAUUGAGAAAAUAAAAGAAAUAAGAAAUGCGUCUGACGAAGAAUUAGAAACCAUAAACAAACCUGAGAGAUCAGAAACAACCGCUUUACUUCCAAGAUCAGAAACAUUAAAUUCACUUGAAAGAUCGGAAAUAGCUAAUCCACAAGAGACAGCAGCAUCAGAAACAAUGAAUUUCAUUGGGGUAUCAGAAAUGAUGACUUCAGAUGAAACUGAAAUAAAUAAAAUUCUGAAUUCGAAUACUAGCAUAGAAGAUUUUACAGAAAUUGAGAAACAAUUGGUUGGAGACAUUGGGGAUACGACUAUAAAAGAUGAAGAUUCGUAUUCUCAGUUACAACAAAAUCAAGAGGGUAAUGUUAUUGAUCUUACUCAAGAACAACCAGAAGCUAUGGAUUCUAAUUGUACAAGAAAAGAAGGUGAACUUCAAUGCCCUUGUAAAAUUAAAAUCGACGAGGGUGUGAAGGUAAAAUGUGAAAAUUGUAAAACGUUCCAGCAUAUUUAUUGUUUUGAUAUGUUAAUCAAAGGUCAUGUGCCUACUAAACAUAUUUGUGAUGUAUGCGCAGCCCGAAAUCCCAAAUUACAAUGUACUGUCCCCGAAUUGUCUACUAUGGAUACAGAAGCAAAAUUAAAACGGUGUAUAUUUCGUUUGGUACUUGGACUUACGUACUAUCGUAGCAACAAGGUAUCCAAAGAAUAUUUAACAAAUAUACUGUUAUUAAGUGAUUCAUUUGCGAAUGAGUUAUUAAAACGUAUCGAUCAAUUGCAAUUAAUCCAUAGAGCAGGAGGCACUAUUAAUAGACGCUUGUUCGAAAGUAAAACUAUACCAGAUAUCUUUAGAGAUCAUUCAAAAAUUAUAGAAGAGCUUGAAAGCCCUCCUGUUGCGAAGAAACGAUUACGUUUAUCACAGUAA